AAACAUAACAACAACAACAACAACAACAACAGUAACAAUACAAAUAAUUUAUGUUCCUCCAUUAAAUGCGAAAAAACGUGUGCAAUUAACGCAAAUCCCUCUAAUACCAUAACCACUACCUCAGGCAACAACAAUUGCGCCGCCACACCCCCAUUAGAUAAUACCACCACCAAAUUGAUCGACGCUAAUAAAACGAUCGAACGUGAAAAUUCACUUUCUCCAUUGCGUCAGAAUUUACAAUCGAAUUAUUUAAACGGCAGCGACAAUAAAACCAUCAACAACAACAACAAUAAUAAUAAUAAUAACACUAGUGUCUCGAGCAAUAAGAAUUUGCUUUUGGCGAAAUCGCUCGAAGAGAAACGCCCCAAGUCGGUUACCGCAUCGGUAUUUCGUCCGGCUACAUUGGCCGAUUUGAGCGGUACACAUACAACAACGGCUACAACAGCAACAACAACCGCGUCAUCGCCGCCACUACCAACACCCGUACCAUCGACCACGAGCACUUCGUCGGUAUUCGUGAGUGCAGCAAAUGCACCGUCGUUGCCGACGUUGAACGCCGCUCCGCGCGCCCAAUCGGUGACGGCUUCCGUAUUUACGCCGAUUUCGCAGUUGUGCAAUCGCCAACAACAACACAUUGCUAAAACCAAUUCCAUUAUAACACCAACAACAGUGACAGCGGCAAUACUCUGUGGCCAACAACAACAACAUCAGAACCACCAAAACUCACAGACACCGACACAGCAGCAGACACAAGAUAUGAAUAAGUUUUUGUCGUUCGGGGAUGAGACAAAUGAGUUAACAAUGCUCAAAGAGGAACCCGAUGACUUGGCACACCUGGCUCCAGCUGCUGUUGAUGCUUGCAUGCGCCUGGACGAUACCGCACCAUUUUGUGGUGAAAUGCUAUUGGGUCUGUCCUCUUACUCCUAUGGCUUCCUGCCCGAUGACUACAGUUCACUCGAUUCCAAUACGAGCUCCUCAUCGCCAGAUACACCAAAUCCAAAUAGCAACAACAGCGCUGUCAAUAACAGCAGUAACCGUCAUAACAGUAAUAGCAUUAACAGUGGCAAUAAUAAAAUCGGUUUGAGUAGUCCAACACAUCAACAGAAUUGCAAUAACAAUUUAAAUGCUGGCACAUUGCAUAACAACAACAACAGCAAUAGCAAUAAUUUAUGCAACAAACCAGUUGUACGCAUCGAUCCAUUCAUAAACUAUCGGGAGGAAUCGAAUGACACCAACUGUUCGCAGCAUUUACUCUCGCCCAGUGUGGCAUCGAAGAGUCCUGAAGCGAGCAGCCUACCAUCGCUCUGCAGUCCCAACUCCCUCAGUCAGGAUGAUGGAUUUGCAUUUAUGACAAUGAGCGUUGACGAAGACAUCGACAUGAGUAUGCGUGCGCCAUAUAUUCCAAUGAACGAGCAAGAGGACUUGCCACUCCUCACUGCCGACGAUCUGAUGUGGUGCGCCAGCAAUGGCCUCGGCAGCGAAGAGCUGAACAAUCAAAAGGAUGUCGACGCCACGUUGCAACAAUUGCAGUUGCAACAACAACACACUAGCGAAAGCAAUCAUAACCUCUUGAAUGGCUAUCAUGAUGCUCAACACAUCAGUCACUCACAUUUCAAUUCAUUGUGCUCUUCACCUGCAUCGACCGUUUCAUCGCUAUCACCGUCACCGGUGAAUCAUCAUCAACAACAACAACAGCAACAGCAGCAGCAGCAGCAACAACAACUGCAAGAUACAAGUUGCGUUUAUAGUACGGACACUAGUGAAUUGGCGGCGCUGCUUUGCGGCUCUGGCAAUGGCACUCUGUCAAUUCUGAAUAAUAAUUGUGGUGCUGGUAGUAGUGGUGGUAUGGAGGAUAGUGAUGUUAGUUUGCAACAACAGCAGCAGCAGCAGCAGCAACAACAGCAAACACAUUGCGCUGAUUUUCGUUUGCAGUUGCAACAAGAGUUGGCUGCCGAACAGCAAGAGCAGCAACGGCAGCUGCAACUGCUCGGCUUGAACAUCGAUUGCAAGAAGGAGAGUUCGCUGUCGCCCAGCUUAUGUGAUUCGCUGGAGGACACCUUCGAUAAUGUUUACAGUAAGGAUUCUGGGAAUCUUGACUGCUGGAAUGAGUUGCUGCAAAUCAAUGUCAGCGACACUUCAUCCUCGGCUUCGCCCUCGCCCGUGACAUCACUGAAUUCACCAACUCAGCAACAACAACAACAACACAAGCUGGACGAUUGCAAAACGCAGUUGCGUCUGGAGCAGCAUCUGUCGUCACCACAGCAGCAGCAGCAGCAGCAGCACAAUAUAAUUUUGAAUGCCGUGCCAUUGAUAACAAUACAAGACACUAAGAAUAUUUUGUUGCAACAGCAGCAACAACAACAACAACAACAGCUCAAUGUCAGCAAUAAAAUGCUAAUAAAAGAUGAAAUGUUGCCAGCGCAACGUGGCGGUCAUAAAAUCACAACAAUCAAGCUGUUGAAUGGCCAAGCAACAGCAAUAACAACACCAGCGCUUGGCACAGCUGGCGCUACACCGGUGCGUAUGAUUGACAUUAAACAGCAGCACGAACAACAAAGGCAACAACAACAGCAACAACACCACCAACAACAACAACAGUCGCAUAAACGGCACUUGGUGAGCUCCAUGCCCAACGCACAGUUGGAGAGCAAGCGCAUGAAGAGCGCCGCAAUGGACUUGCAGGCUGUGCCACAACUGCUGCAACAGCUGGUGUCGCCGCUGCAGCCGCAACACUUGAAGGAGCAACAACAAAAACUGCAACAACAACAGCAGGCGCGCAAAGCCAGCAAUGGCGUGUCACGCUGGGUCGCCAACGCCGAGCUAAAAGCCAACUCAAAUGGCAUGCAACAACAACAACAACAACCACAAUCGAAUUCAGUGCUGAAGAAUUUGCUAAUUAGCGGUUGCGAUAGCGGCAUGCUCAUGGAUGAAGACUCCUUGGAUCAAGCACCAUCGCCACCACUGUCGGCACAGUCGCCAUCUCUCAUCAAACCCUUGCAUUGUCAGACAUCGACGGCUGCAUUGCUGCGCAACUACCGUCACAAUCCAAUGAUUGGCGGACCCGGUGUGUUGCCAUCACCACCAUUCGGACCGGCUAGCAGUAGCGAAAGUUCUAUUGGCAGCAGCAGCUGCGAAGUAAGCCCACCUGGCCUUACACCGACCGACACUGAAUCCAAUUCGGACAGCGGCAUAGAUGACAUUAGCAUGAUUGAAGCCGCCUCACCGAUUAAGCUACAAUUGGAACAACCUAGCAGCCCACAUUUCAAGACGUCGACAAGCGGUUGCUCGGCCACCACCAAGGAUAUGCUUUUAAUGAAAUGCUUGAACAACAAAGCAGCCAAGCAACGUGCUUUGCUCGGUGAGGCACAAGCGAAACAACAACAGCAAACAGCUGCUACAGGCAACGGUAUUGCCAGUUUAGGCGAGAGUAAGACCAAUAAGCCUGCUGGCGGUCGUAAGGGUUCGCUGACAUCUUACAUCGAUAAUAUGAAUCCACUAAUGGAACCGUUUAUAAUGGAUUUAUGUAAUGAUGAUUACGCUGUGCCUACCGAGCCCCUGUUAGGACCAACUGAAAUCGAUCAUGUGCUCAAUAACUGGAGCCACGAGAUGGCUUAGUCAGCGGUGCACAUGAGCGCUACUAAAACUACGCAGAAAAUACGAACCAAACAUUUACACACGACAAAGACGAAAUCGGCGAAGAUACGAUGACAAGGCAGACGAAAUAGGGACGUUAUGUUGGGGGUUAAGAAAGAGCUUUAUAACAAAUUCAAUGCAUUUACACACGUACAUAUGUGAGGGGUAGAGGAAUGCGGAAAUUAUUGUAUAGGUUGUGGGCAGAAACAAUUGGCGUGCGCAAAAAACGAAUUUUAACGGCGUAACUGUAAAUAAAGCUAUCAUUUCGGAAGUUUUCGUGGGGACUGUAGGCGAAAUUUACAAAUAUCUUGUGGAAACUACAAGUGAUGGCUGAACGGAAGAUGGCGGUGACGGAGUAGACCGCUAUUGAGAAAUGAAAGGAAACGGAAACAAAAACGAAUGGCAUUCGUUCGUCACGGACAUUCUAAACAAGCAACGAAAUUUGCUUUAUUAAUUUUGAAAUUUCGAUUUGUUGUACAGUUAAAGCUGUACAAGUCCACUUUUGGCCAUAAUUUGUUGUUGAAGAAUAGAAAGCUAGAGCUUUUGGCUUUGCAUAAAAAGCUUAAGGAAUACGGAAGACGUGGAAGGGAGGAAAAUUUUGGGAACGAAUAUUUUUUACGAAUAUUUUAUUUGCUUACGGGACAGUUACAAACAAACAUACACACAAUGCAAUUAAUUUCAUUUCAGAUAGAGAGAAAUAGAGAGUAGAGAAAAUACAGAAAUACAAUCACACUUAUUGAAAACAGCAAACAGGUUCACAGACCACUGAGUUGGAACAGAACAAUUUUUAAAGCUUAUGCCACGAAAAAAUUUUGAAUAUUGGAAGAUAAAAACGCUUGAAGAGUUUUUCGGUUGUAAAAUAUUUGGCUGGCAUAAAUGAAGCGAUUUUUUGGAACAAUUUCAUUUUCGAAAACAGUAAAAUGGAAGCAUUAGAACAUGUUUCCAGACAAUUUGAAAUUGAAUGAUAUGAAACAAACAACCACAAUUAAAAAAAAAUUAAAAAAAAAAAUUUUUUAAUUAAAAAAAAAUUUUAAUUACUUUCAAAACCAAAUUGUUUCUAACCGUACUUUUUACUAAUUGUUUUAAAAAUUUCGAAAAUAUUUUUUUUCUUGAUGAAAUUGCUUGAAUGCGCUUCAUUUGUGCUGGCAGAUAAGAAUUAACCUAAAAAGUUGAGUGUUAUUAUUGCACUUUUCAGGUUCAAAAUUUUAAUGUUUUUGGAUUUUUCUUAAUUUACUAUAAUUUUCGAGAAAUAUUAAAAGUAAGCAAGCAGCCACAUACAUACAUAUAGCAACAACUUUACAAGUUUUAAACGAAUCAAGAACCCACAUAAAAAUAAUAAGAAUUUGUGUAGAGUCAGCAGCAAAACAAUAAAAAAAUUAUAAUAAAAAACUAAAAGAAAAAAAAACAACAAAAAAAUAAAGAACAACAGUAAAUAUACAUUUAAAAACUUUGUUAGUCUUAACUUUUUACUGCCCAAAACAGAAAUAAACAUUGCGGUUAGUUAUGUAAGUGAAAAUCUUUAUAUAGUACGUACAAACAUGUAUAAUU